AUGAGCGGAAAGGAAAACAGAAUCCAAUGUGCCUCUGGAGCAAAAAAGCCAGUGGAACCUACUGAGAAGGAUCCGAUUAAAGAUGGAUUCCUUAAAAUGCCGGUUGUCGAGAAAAAGGAAAUCAAGAUGAAGCCAAUGACAGCAGCCAAGCUGAAGAGAGGAAUCGGUUUUAUAAAUGAGGAUAGAAAGGAUGAGGUUGACAGGGACAUUCUAACUGUCAGUACAAACCGGUAUCCUCAUCAAAACUAUGAAAACGUCGAAGUAUUGAACACAUACCGCGGCUUAAAUCGUGAAACGGCUUUGGACCUUUUACGGGACAACGAUUCAAAAGAAGCUAUUAAGAAUCGUCACAAAUAUCGUAUUUCAAAAAACAAAAAACCAGAGGCACAAUCAGCUCGGAAAGAAACAAGAUGCAAAGAGCAAACUGCCAGCACAAAAAAUCAUGGCGCCCAAAGCCAAGGAAAAUGCUCAACGCAGAAAAAGCGAAACGUUGAUAAAUCAGAUUCAGUGAACUCCGAGGAAGCAAUUUCAAUGGAAUCAAAAGCACGCGGAAGAAAAAAGACAACCAGCUCGCUCGUCAAUGCACCACACCAGCUUGUCAAGGCUAAGCUUGUCCAGGCCGAGGUCGUCCAGGCACCACGCGGAAGAGGAAGGAAGAAACCGCUCGAUUCAGAGCAGACUUUGGUGAAGACUGGGAAUAUGACGUUGAGAAGGAAAAGGCGUCAAAACUACAAUCAAUCCACAUCGUCGUCGGAACCACCAAAAAAGAAGGGGAAAAUAGAGGAAGAUCCGGACUACGAAUUCGAUGAAGAGGAAGAUGAUGACUACUAA